GAGGCAAACAAUGUGCAGUCUAGAGAUGUUCUUGGAGUUGAUUAGUCAGCAAUAUCUUAAUACAAAGUGCUCUUUACAUAGAAUCUGUUACCUAUAAAGUACCCCGUGCUUUUAACAGUGAGUAUUGCUACCAGCUAGAGGCUGUAUCUUUAAAUUAUCUGCUGGAACCAGUUAUCUGAGGAUGCUCUGCUGGCCUUAGACCUCACGGACCCCAGGCAGAGACUUCAUGGGUACAGAUUCCAGGAGGAAGAGCCCUCAGUGACUGUGACAUGGAGUGGAUACUUUUCCAGUGAGUGUCAGUAGAACCACAGCUCCACGAAUGGAGGGAACACCAUUGGCCCCGGCAUUUCUGGGUCUUGAUGCCCUGCUGGACCUAAUGCUAUGUGUAUGCCACGAGCUGGUUACAUCUCCUCUGGCCCACGAGACACACAUCUCUGAAUUCCUGAGCUGGGCCAACCCUCUGUCCCUGAGAAUACGGGAGCGGAGGAUGAAAAGGACCGAUUUUGACAUCCUGAAAGUGAUUGGACGUGGAGCUUUCAGUGAGGUUGCAGUGGUUAGGAAGAAGAGCAAUUUACAAGUGUACGCGAUGAAGAUCAUGAACAAGUGGGACCUUCUGAAGAGAUCAGAUGUUGCCUGCUAUAGACAGGAGAGAGAUGUUCUAGUGAAUGGAGACAGACGAUGGAUAACCCAAUUGCACUAUGCUUUUCAAGAUGAUAAUUAUCUUUACCUCCUGAUGGAUUACUACAUUGGAGGUGACCUUCUUUCCCUGCUCAGUAAAUUCCCAGAUGGGCUCCCUCCCCACAUGGCAAUCUUCUACAUAGCUGAGAUGAUCAUGGCUGUCAAUUCUGUUCAUUCUCUGGGUUAUAUACACAGAGAUAUAAAGCCAGAUAACAUGCUACUAAAUAUUUCUGGUCACAUUCUUCUGGGAGAUUUUGGUUCCUGUCUGAAGCUGCGAGAGGAUGGCACGGUCUCUUGCUCAGUUGCUGUGGGGACCCCAGACUACCUUUCCCCAGAGAUUCUUCUUGCUGUUGAAGACCAUACGUUGUCCUAUGGUGUUGAAUGUGACUGGUGGUCGCUUGGGGCCUGCACCUUCGAGAUGUUCUUUGGUCACCCACCUUUCUAUGCAGAUUCUGUUGUGGAAACAUAUGGCAAGAUUAUUCACUAUAAAGAGCACUUUACAUUCCCCCCAUUGGCCACUGAGGUACCACAAGAAGCUUUAAAUUUCAUCUCAUCCCUCAUCUGUCAGCGUGACACACGUCUGGGCAGGGGAGGACUUCAAGAAUUUCAAAAUCACCCUCUCUUUGCUGGGCUUGACUGGGAGGGACUUCAAGACAGUUCACCGCCCUAUAUCCCUGAAUCAGAUGGUGCCACAGAUACUUCGAAUUUCGAUGUGGUGGAAGACCACCUGACAGAGAUGAUUAGUGGUGGAGGAGAGACCCUCUCUGAUGUUGAAGUUACUUCACCUCUUGGAGUCAACCUUCCUUUUGUUGGUUACUCUUAUACCUACAGAGACGAUGAUAGAGGGAAUGUUUGGGGAAUCAGGAAGAACGAGUAUGAGUGUAAAAAGAGGCCAACACAAGAUACCCAAAAUAUGAGCCAUGGAGACAGCCUGGGCCAGAAUCUCGACUCAACGCUACUCACUGACCUGCGAAAUGCUCUCCAGAAUGAAAUAGAGACUCGAGAGACCCUUAAUACAGAGAUCAACCUCCUAAAAACAGCCAAUCAAAGCUUGGCGCGGCGCCUGUAUGAAGCUGACCAGUUAAACGCUGAGCUUCAACGCAAGAUUAACAUGAUGGAGGAACAAAUGAGGGAGAGACCUAGCAUAGUGGAAGAAGAGAGAGACGUUCAUUUUUCACCUCGAAGACAUGAAAUCUGCAAUCAGAAAUAUGAAACUAUCUCUAGGACUAGACAACUAGAUAGCUGUAUACCUUCCUAUUGUCACCCUUUAGUGACACCAGUACACCGUCACAUGCUGCUGUUCUCACGGAUUCCUAAGCCCCACACAUCCUGGGUGGGCUAUCUCCUGCUCUGUUCCAUCAACGGGUCUCACUGUGUGCCUCGACCUCUAUGUUCGUUGUAGGGGACACGACACCGAUGCAUUUCAGUGUGCUCUGUGUAUUGUGAUAGCAGAUACUCCUCCGCAGGGUGAUUUGUGUCCGUAUAUAGUGUUGAGAUUAGAUUUCAGUUCUGUAUAUAGCACCCUAACAAAAAUAAGUCACUUAAAAGCACUUUUACUUAACAACCGUAACUAAUACAACAUGUUUUCCAGCUUAAUAAGAGUGCAGUCCACAGCACAGGUUUACUUUCUGUGUCUUCAAAAUGAGGUGAGAACAGAAAGGAAGAACACGUUUCAGCAACCUGACACUCCAUUGUUUAAAAUAAAAACUCUCAUCACCUCCAGCUAGCCACAGGCUGAUGAGAGUUGUAGUGCAACAGGUUGAUACACAUACAAUUCUAAUCACUUUUUUCAUGCACCGUGUCUAGUAUCUGGGGCUACGUGAGGUCGUUGAGUACCCUGCGAAAUACAAACUCCAUUACUAAUAUCGCAGCCCAGCCUCAGGAUGUCUACAAUUUGCACUGAAUUCACUAACACAAAAUAUAACGAAAAUGACAUCAAUUUCUUGGUCAGAGAAGUGGACAGGCAUUUUAAUCCGAGAGAAUUGUAUUCCUAUACGCACUGAGUGCCCACAAUGUUCUAUAAGCUAUUACAACAUUAACGCUGCCUAUGUAUACAGUUGUGUAUGGUGUGGAAUUAAUGUUUGGUGUGGAUAAGGAUAGUGUGGGGUGCAUUCAUUUAUUUGUGUUUGAAGGCUGGACAGCGGGAGCCUCUAUAGACGACGUAUUGCGAUGAGCGAUAUGAUGCCUGAAUCCCAUUGGAAUUGGACAAAAGUUGACGGCCCAGCUCUGCCUUUUGUCAUUUUCGGAUUUUACCAUAAACCCCUACUUUAUAUAGUAGUACCUUUUGGAUUGUGUUGGAAUUUCAGUGAGAUCAUGAUCAUCAUCACGCGUAUUUCCCAAAGAUUAUAUCUGUAUAACAUAAUAAGAAGUGACAAAGCCACUUAAGACUGUCUGAUAUUUUCUGGGCAUGUUCAGAACUAGCAGUAGCACUAGAUGGGCAUAAGCCAUCGUCUUAAAAACAUCUUCCCUAACCUGUGAGCAGUCAUGGGGUUGGCUCUUUGAAAUCAGUAUAUUUAUGACGUGUUCCAUUUUGGUACGACAAACCAGACAGAAAUAUCUAUGUUACACUGGACAACUCAGUUGGGCAAGUCAAAUCAAUCUGGUUGCCAGUAGCAACUGCCUCCGGGGCAGAAUUAAUAAGAUGAUGGUAGAUUCCCUGCAUGACAUCA